UGAUAAUAUUAUCACACUUAACCUGGUGAUUGAACUAGCCACUGGCCUCAACAAACGAAAUACAAAUUUGAUUUGGUAAACUUCAACAAAUAUGCCACAAUUUACGAAAGAAGACUUUGAAAAAAUUUCUAGUGACAAACAGACAUUGGUCAUAAGAAAUAAAAAGGUUUAUGACAUCUCGAAGUUUGUCAGUAUACAUCCUGGUGGCAGCGAUGUAAUCACAAAAAGGCAUGGAAAAGAUGUCACUACAAUUAUGGAAAAAGGUACACACAAGCAUAGUGAAAAUGCAUACAGAUGGUUAGAGCAACAUUAUGUUGGGGAUUUAGUGGAUGAGAAAACUGAAGAGGUGGAUAAGCAAGCACCAAGCUCUGAUAUAGUUAACUGGUCAAAGCCGGUUUUGUGGCAAGUUGGACAUUUGGGAGAGAAAUAUCAUGAUUGGGUUGAUAGUCCUGUUGAUAAAAGUCUCAGACUGUUCAAAAGUGAUUUUGUGGAAUAUUUUUCCAGUACUAGUUGGUAUGUGAUCCCGAUUGUCUGGAUACCAGUAAUAUUACUACUUCUUCUGACAACAUAUUGGAAUUAUACUGAAAUUUUGUUUUUCCCAAAUGUUCAAUCGCUAACUUUUUCAUGUUCAAUCCAUGUUCUCCCAUUUGCCUAUAUUGGAGGAAUCUUCAUGUGGACAUUUUUAGAAUAUGCUUUGCAUAGAUGGUUGUUUCAUGCUAGUCCUCCAGUUUCUUCGUACUGGCUUAUUACUCUUCAUUUUCUUCUUCACGGACAGCACCAUAAAGUUCCAUUUGAUAAGGGUCGUCUCGUCUUCCCCCCAGUGCCUGCAUCAAUUUUGGGCGGUAUGCUUUAUAUUAUACUCAGUGGCAUCCUACCCAUACCCAUACGUCACACUUUAUUAGCUGGCGUUUUAACAGGGUAUGUGGUUUACGAUCUCACUCACUAUUACUUGCAUUAUGGUAAUCCAUCGAAGGGAAGUUAUUUUUACAAUCUUCGGGCAUAUCACGUCAGACACCACUUUCAGUCUCCUGAACUUGGUUUUGGUAUUUCAAGCAGGCUGUGGGAUUACCCUUUCAACACACUUAUUGGAAAGAAUAAAAAAGCUGACUGAAUGGAUACUGAUUAAAGUAGAAGAGUUAUCCAAGUCCCCCCAUUUUCAUUAUGAAACAAUUCAUCACUUGAGUGGGCAUAUGGUUUGAUCUAAUUGAAAGAUCAUUGGCUUAAAUCUUCACUAGAACUAAAACUACUAACUAGUGUUGUAUGGCCCUUCUCAUUAGAACACAUUUUAUUUAUUCGACAAUUUGAUAUUUGCUCUUUGUAACCUAGAUAAUAUAGAAAAUAAUAACUUUAAUUAUUAUAAGUAGAAAUUUUUCAUACAAUCUUGAUUUUUUGUUUAGUUUUGAGUAAUUUGUAUCAGCUUGCAUUUGAUUGUGUGUUUGUUUUGUGCAGAAUAGCUCAACUGAAAUUGGAUCAGUUAUGCUGUAUUGUUUCACAGGAGCCUAUUACCUCAAAAAUUAUGCACUUUGAAAUGUUGUCUCCAAUGUCUUAAUUUAUAUACAUGAAAUUGUGAAUAUAAAUGAAUGCAAAAUGACUACAAAAUUGGGAUGAAUUCGCUUGUUUUCCUUCAUUAUUGUCUUGCCUCAGGGCACUUGGAUUACUAUGACAACAACAAAAAAUGUUUUGAAAAAACAUUGAAAUACAUAUAACUUACGGUAGAAAUAAAUAAGUACUUGAAUAAUACUAUUACAUUACUUACUCAAUUUGAAAUAUUAAAACAGUUGGUACUGAUUUAGAAUUUGGGAUCAUUGGCAUAUGCAGUUUGCUACGCUUUGUCUUCAUACAUGGGUAUACAUUAUUUCAAAUAGCAUUUGUCACGUUCAUUAAUUUAUUAUUAUUAACAUAUUGGAGUAUCACGUCAUACAUUUUAAAAAAUUUUGGUGAAAGAGGAAGGUAAGGGGAAAUGUUUAAAAAUUGAAAAAGGUAGAAAAUAUUAGUAUGCAUUUAAAUGCAUUAAGUAAUUAUUUAUUUCUCACUCUCAACAAGCAGCCACUUAAGAAGCUACUCAUUACAAAAAGUGGACAGUUUUUUUUUCAUUAUCAAAGUGACACGCAACUCCAUAAAAACAAAGCAUUAAGACAAACAAGCUUAAUAAGCAAGCAUAGCUGAUAUCAAUUCGAGUUAUGCUUGCCUCAGUCCAUAUCCUGCUAACUUAAAUAGACGUAUCUGUGUUGGCCACAGUUAUUUGAUUCUAACUGUGAGCCAGAAAUGGAUCCGUCCUAAAUGUUUUAAUUUAGAGACCAUCAUUUGUCUGUAUAAAUCCACUGGUAACUUCUGACUUUUCAAUGUAUAACUUUUUCUCACUGAUCUAGAAACGCAAUUGCAUUUUUCUUUUGCACAUUUUAAUAUUUAAAUGCAAGGGAAAGCAUUUAUUGCAAACCUAUGCAUGGGCAUAUUUAUUAAAAAAAGUGGCUAUUUCUAAACAUUUCAAAUGAUGGCGCGUCUUAACCUUCAAUAAAUAACCAAUCAAACUCAAAUUGAUCCCUUCAAGUAUGGAGCUUGAAGUAAUCGAAUCUAAAGGGACUGUUCAAUCCACAUAAUUUCCUAUGCUAAUAUGAAGUUUGAAUAAUACUAUUGUUUUAUCAAUUAUUUGGUACAGUAUGUUCCAAUCAACUCUUUUUUUAUAAUCUGUUAUUUGGAUUUUUUUUUUUGUAGAAAUUGAUGAAUGAAAAAUAUUUCCUGAUCCAACUUAAAGUGUGUGGUUAAUUUUACAGUAAACAAGGUGUAUUUGUCCAUUAUUGUGAUUAAAAUCCUAAGAUUUGUUUAUUUUAGAGAGAGAAAUAUUUGGUAAUAAAUUAGUUUUUUUAAUGGUUCAAUGGUCAUGAAUCGGGAAGGGAUAUGACAGUACCAAAAUAUUAUUUUCAAAUAUUUCCCUUGUUGGUAAGAGUAUAUUCAAACAAAAAGUAGGUAAUAGUACUUCCUUAUAUAUUGCAAUUUGCAAUACUACUAUUUAUAAGAAAAUAGGCAGGAAACAGAAUGGUGAUGUCCAAAACUUUGGGUGUCACAACUAGAUUGAGGAACAGUAGGCGUAGUAUAUAAAAUAUAUUUCUCAUGAAUUCCCAAAGUAAAAAAAAAAGCCAUUUGUACUUUCUUUAAUAAAAUUAUCUUUGUAAUUAAUGUUUUUAAUAAAAUAUCAUACUGUCUUAUUGUGUUGUUCAAGUUGUAUUUUUCGUUGGAUCAUUUUAGUGGCUUAUUCCGCAAUUAUCAUGCUAAAUGCCGUAUAUUGUUUGCAUUGUUUAUUGUUAUCCUUUUUGUUCUGUGUAUAAUGCUUAGUUCUUUUCUUGCGAUCAUCCUUCCCAAUCUCAAGUCAACUAAAUAUAAUAACUUUUACACACAGUUUAUAGCUGAUAUUCAUAUGUUGUUGGACAAUAUAGGUUUGAAAGUUUUGUACCCAUUAUCUUCUUUGUUAAGUGUAAGCCACAAUCAGACUGUCCUUAUAUUAUUGGAUAAUUGGUGAUCUUUCUUUUAUACCCUAAACAUGUGUAGAAUUAACUCUUUUAAGUAUUCGAUUUAUUUAAUGUGAAGCAAGAAUAAAAUAGAAGAUAUUUUACGAAUGCCUCAGAAAAAUUCCUAAUUAUCAAUACUGUUUUAAGUACAGAAAGUACUCUUUAGUAAAAAAGUAUUUUUCAAUUUUAAAACCAUUAAAGAUAAUAAUGUACAACAAUUCCCUAUCAAACAAUGCUCCCUCCCUUAUUUACCCCACACAUGUCUAGAAUUAACCAAUUAUUAAUAAACCCAUAUUCUAUAACUGCUUCGGUAAAAUUCAAAUUUGCCAAUACUGUUUAUUAAGCAAGUAUAAAAGUAUCUUGCGAGUAUAAAUACUUUUGAAGUUAAUAAUGUACAAUAAGUCACUAAAAAAUGAAAUGCUUGCACAUGAAUUUUCAAACCAUUUAUCCAUUCUUAUUCACAUUUAAUGCUUGUUGAAUGAAUUCUGUUCAAUGCUUGCUUCACUAUUACAGUAGUUAACUUUGGUGUAUCUACGAAUAAAUUCACAUUUGUGCUUCAUUAUUAUAUUAUGUAAUGUCCGUUUGUUUGAGGUAGAUUGCAUUUAUUUUUGUGCAACUGGAAUCAACUAAUAAAUCCACUCCCAAGUUUUUUUUUGUGUGUGUAUUGCCUAAUUGUUUUGCGUGGUGAUAUGUUUUCCCUUAAGUUUCUUUUUUUUAAUCAAAUUUGCAUCGCUUUUAAGGCACAGUUAUUCUAUAUGAUUUCAUUACUGUUUUCGGAGCUCUGUCAGUCAAUUCAGAAUUUAUUUUUAUGUAUUUAUAUAAUAAUGUGAGGGACAACUAAGACCCAUUUCUCAGUUUAUGUUGAGUAAUAUGUGUUACAUGGUGGAUCAUGGUGUUGCACAAGGUAUCCAGAUAUCUCUAGUUUGUGUAAUCAAUUUGAUGCUGUACUGUGUAAUAGAAAUAUAUUCGACACCCUAUUUUUUCGUAAAACAAAACACCAUAAUAAAUGGAGUUUUUGCAUUUUCAAUAUUAUUGUCAUUUGUCAAUUCAAUAACGUUGUUGGAUGUUCCAAAUAUUUUUUAUCUGGUUUUGCAACUUCUCUAAAUGUGUACGUAGAUUAAGUAACUAUUCGAAUAUUGUUCGUUAAAAAUUAUUGUAGUUUGAGUUCAUAGAUAUCUCCCUGAAUUGAAUAAUCGUGCUGCAUUAGUUUAGUUAUGCCUACAAAUUUUUCUGACAAUUUGCUCAUGUUUAGUUGCCCAUGAGACGUAGAUGGACUGUGCCACUGAAGCUUUAGUUUUGUGCUCCUAAAAUUUUCAUUGUUUUUAUGCAUGUAUACAUAUAUAUUAUAAUCUAUUUUGAGUCAACGUCAUUCCCGCUUCAUAUUUGCUUCACUUUUCCAUAAUGUUAAUUAGAUAUCUAGAUAUAAUUGAUUUUUUGGAAUUUUUAUUGUGUGAAUUGUGUCAUAUUUUUUUCAGAUUUCGUAAUAAAUAUUUUAUAGAAAUCAUGGUUUAUUCAUGGAUUGGUUACUUAUAAUCUGGCAGCAAUCUGCAAAGGAUGGAUGCAAAUUAUUAUGUCAGAUUUUAAGAAGAUAGAUUAUCAGAGAGGUAAAAAAGAUUAGUAUUAGGUAGGUAUGUUUAAAAGUAUAGUAAAAAUGAAAACCCCCCUAUUUGCAUUUUGUGAGUAGGGUAUUUUCAAGUUGAUAUUAUUGUUGUGAUGUACAAAUUGUCAUUUUUACUUUGAAAUCAGGUUUUAUCAGUACAGUGAAGAUGGUUUCAAAAUGCCAUACAUACGAUCCAAAAUAUCAAACAUUCUCGCGUAUUUGAAGUUCAGCGUUUAUUGAAAUGCAACCAUACUUGGUAACGUGUAUCCUAUUCUCCCAUACUGAAAAUCAUUUGGGCCCAGUCUAAAUUUAGAUAUUUAUAAUGUCUAACAACAUGGUACAGGAUUAUAGUAAUAGCAGACUCUGUUUAAACAUGGAUGUCAAUAAAUUGUGCAUCGUUGCACCGGUGUUGUGGAAUUUUUAGUUGAAUUAAAAUUGUCCAAGUGGUUAUAAAUGAUUACAACUAUGUUUUUCUAUUCAUAAUACCUGUUUCUUCUGUAUUGCAUUUAGGUAUAUAAAAAAUUGAAUUACUUGAUAGGGUUUUAAAUUAUACUGUUAUGUUAAAUAAGAAAAUCGAAUUGCUCAAUUUAUUCAAAAUACUUUGGGGGACUUUGCCUUGAUUGUAUAUCGAAUUAAGGCAUUAUGGGUAAUCUAAACAUCUCAUAAGAAGAAUUCCUUUAUUUCAUGGGCUACAUGAUUGUUAUGUAAAUAUUUUUAUAAUAUAGUGUAAGAAUACAGACAUUUUUCACAAGAUGUCAUUAUAUAUUUAUGGCGAUAAAAUCAAGAUAAAGCUUGUCAUAUUUAGUUGAUGUUUAUUCGCUCGCUCUACAAAUGAUUGAGUAAAACUUCGACGAGUGAUUUCUAAAUUGUCUGGUUGCUACUGAUUUUUUUUAGACCAUGAACUUAAAUGUAACCUUGUAAUAAAGUAGUUUAUUCAUGAAAUUCAUUGGUUUAUCAUGCUUCAAAACUUGUGAUGCCCAAGAUUUUGUCAUCAAAGUUCCUAAUAUUCACUAUGUUCUGUGUUGUCUGUGCUUUAUUACUGUUCUUCUCGAUGGAAGGAACAGGCUACAAAGUAAUGGAACAGUCACAUACGUUCCGAUUUGCAUCUUAUUAUCAAGAUAAUAUGGUACUUCAGUCUGAACCUCUUCGUGCAAUUUUAUGGGGAUAUGGCAUGUUGGGUGCUACAGUAGAGGUUUCGUUGAAUGUGUAUGAUGUGUACAAAACUGUUGUUAGAGAAAGUAUAAAUGGUACUGGAGUAUGGUCAGUUACUUUUAAUCUGCAAAUGGCUGGUACAAGAGGCACAAUCUCGGCCAGUCACAAAUAUAAUGGAGCAGUAGAAACAUAUUUCAUUUCGAACAUAAUUUUUGGCGAUGUUUGGAUAUGUGGUGGUCAGAGCAAUAUGGAAUUUCCAUUAGGUCAUAUAUUUAACUCCAGUGCCACAUUGAAAAAUGUUUCUAUGUAUCAUGAUAUUAGAAUAUUCACUGCUUCUCAAGUUACAUCUCCUGUCCCAUUGUAUGACAUGGUGGAUAUUGCGCAAGCUUGGGCUGUCCCUUCCGCAGUAAAUGCACAAUAUUUUUCAGCUGUGUGCUGGUUAUAUGCACAAAAUAUAUAUAACAAAAUAAAGAAACCAUUGGGUCUAAUAUCCAGUAACUGGGGAGGUACACCUGUUGAAGCAUGGUCAUCACCACAAGCACUUGCGAACUGUAAUUUGGAUAAAGUAAAUUCAUAUAUAAGUAUGUCUCCACAAUCUAACAGUGUGUUAUGGAAUGCUAUGAUUCACCCAUUGCUCAACAUGACAAUUUCAGGAGCAAUAUGGUAUCAAGGCGAACAAAAUGCUCAUUAUCAUAGAAAUACUUACAACUGCUCAUUUCCUGCUAUGAUAAAAGAUUGGAGGAAAUCAUGGUACAAGGCUACUAAAUCUCAAACAAAAUCUCAGUUCCCUUUUGGUUUUGUUCAAUUGUGUACUGUGGCGGCACCAAAAGAAACAGGAAGAUUUCCCUUAAUUAGAUGGCAUCAGACUUCUGAUUAUGGAUACGUUCCCAAUAAAAUGAUGCCAAACACAUUUAUGGCAGUUACUCUGGACCUCCCUGAUCCAAAUUCACCAUAUGGUUCUAUACAUCCAAGAGAUAAACAGGACGUUGGGUUUCGUUUAGCAACUGAGACAUUAAAGUAUGUAUACAAAGUUCUUGUUCAUGAUGAUGGCCCAUUUCCUGUCUCGGCAACUUUGAAAGGAAGCAACAUACUGCUGCAAUAUAAAUAUCCAAAUUUAAAAGUCAUAGGUAAAACAAAUUUUGAAAUAUGUUGCUCUGAAAGCAGAUGUGAUGUAAGCGAUUUGUCACCUAAAGGUUUUGCUGAAUGGCUCCCAACUGUGAUUAUUAAAUAUGAUGAACAGUUCGUCACUGUACAGGCAAAUAAGUGUUCUCACUUCGUGAAAAAAAUAAGAUAUUUAUGGUCUUCUACCCCAUGUGAAUUUAAAAAGUGCCCGAUCUAUGAUUCAAUGGAUUUUCCUGCUUCUCCUUUUGUUAUGAAUGUUGACACACAUUAGCUUAUCAACUAGGUUUAUGCAAAGAUAUAUUUUGACUCGCGUUAUUGCAGUAUGACAAUGGUUAAAGCUAAACUAACCACAUGUAUUUAUUUUUUUGUACUGAUAAAUUUCUUGCCACAAAUUUUUUAUAUUGUAUUUUGGUGCAAUUUUACUUUUAAUUUCAUGACUUAUUACAAUGUUCUCAA